AUGUCUGACACUGAAAUCUCCGACACUAAUAUGUCCGACUCUGGCAGCGACAACCUUGAGAGUCUCCUGAGAGACAUCCGAGAAGAGGAUGCAGUGUUAAACGAGAACAGAGUCCUGUUCAAAAAGGACAAAGCCGAGUUUGAGAACGAGAAGGCUAAAUUCGAACAGGAGAAGGCCAAAUUGGCGGAGGAGAAGGCCAAGUUGGAGGAGGAGAAGGCCAAGUUGGAGCAGGAUAAGGCUGGAUCCUCGUCUGAGGCCCAACGCGACAAUACCCGUCUCGAGGUGCUUGAACACUUGACGGGUGCCAAGUGCUAUGUAUGUGGCCAAGCCCCUGACGAAGCGAUGAACAUCGAACUCGCGAUCUUCGUGCUAGAAAACGCCCUUCGUAGUGGAGGCGACAGGAUGGGCCGCUUUCAUCAUUUUAGACUCAAUGCCGAAGAGGAUGAGCCGUUAUGCUUGUAUGGGGUUAUGGAGCUUGGGCACGAACACCCGCAAGUCGCCCGCCAACUUUGCUGUUGUCCACAGGAUAUAUACCCAUACAGCCUCAAGCGUACUGUUUGCGGUUUGCAAGUCACGCCGUUGACACAUGGAGAGUUUGCAUUUAUUUUCGACGCGGCAGUUUAUCCUGGCAUUGGAGUCUAUCGGAGGAAUUGCUACUGA